AUGGGGAGUUCAUCCGACGCGUUGCUCGAACGAAUCUCGAACAAUACGCCUAAGAAGACGAAGAACAUGACGACUCCCGCUGGUGCGAAUACCGUGCGUCGGUCGCGGAGGUUAUUAGGCCCGUCCGUAUCCAUCGUCGGCGACGUGGGGGAGAACGAGGAGACGCCGUUGGGGAAGAUUCGAGAGACUGUAACGACGACGACGACGUCUCGAUUAGGAGGAGGAAAAGGAGGCGCGAACAAGAACAACAACGAGAAAAAGAAGACGGUCAGGUCGCCGUUGAUGGACCGAGGGAACGAACGAGACGUUAUUACCGUCGAAGAGGAAGAAGAAAACGGGAAGAGGAAGAAGGAGAAGAAGAAAAGCGAAAAGAGAGCUGCUGCUGCUGGGAAAAAGACAACAAAAGCAAUAGGCGAGAAGAAGCGGGAGAAACCGGCAACGGCGGCGAGAAAGACGCGAAAAGGGACAAAGGAGCAGGACGAGGAAGAGACGGAAGAGAAGGAUCAAAAACAGCCGGAGGAGGAAAGUACGAUGGAAACUUAUCCGACGACGACGACCGCGUCCGCCGACGACAACCACCAAGACGUCCAAGAACAAGAAAAGAUACAAGAAGAAAUGGACAACGAAGACCCGAUGCAAAUAUUAAAGCUCGCGGUUGCGACGUGGCAGAAACGCGGGGUGGACCCGUCCGAGGCUAUUUUCGAGGCGUUUCCUUUGCGUUUGUCGGAACGAAAGGAUGGGGCGACCAUGCGGAGGUUGAUGGCGGCGUUGGCGGGCGUGGAGUUGGCGCCGACGACGGUGAAGAAGGCGAGAGCGAUUCGGGAGGAGAUGUUUGAGGACGUGGAAGAAGAUGGAGAAGAAGUGUGCGAUAUGGUCGAAGAUAAAGAGGACGUGGGCGAAAGCAAAGCUGACUCGAAGCAAAAACCAAACGCGGAGCUGUCGCUCGAGGACCACGCGACGAGACGAUUGAGUUUCGGGUCCGGGAAUGGCGGCGAGAAAGAAGAGAACGCGAAAGAACAACACGAAGAAGAAGUAGUAGUAGCAGUAGCAGCAGGCAAUGAAGAAGAAGACGAAGAGUUUGGCACGCCGGAAGGGAAAAUUGAAGAUGAAGAAGGCGAUAUCGAAGGCACGUUUGAUCCGUGUAACUGCGGCGAGCUCGAGUGUCCGAAAGAGAAAAUGUUGAAAAACAACGGACCAUUUCAGCUCCCGGUAGUCAAACACGAGCAGCCGCAAAAACAAAUGACGCCAAUUAGAACGUGGAUGGAUGCAGAGCAACCGUCGUUGGACGAAGAGAAUGAGGAGGAGGCAGACGAUAGCGAAAGUGUCGCCGCUACGGAUAUCGACGAAAAUUAUUCAGUCCGCGACGAGGAGGAGGAAGAGGACAACGAAGAUGAUGAUGUCGGGAGUAUUGCGGGCACUGAACACGUCGCGUCGCCUCUCGUUGAGAGCAUCAUAGAACGCGCUUCGAAGAAAGAAGAAGAAAUAAAGGACGAACCAGCACCUCCUGAAAAGGAGGCUGAGGUAGAAGAAGAGGACGAAGUUAUAGCCGCGCGACCGAAGCGUAACGCGGCGACCAAGAAGAAAGUUCAAAUUUUAUCUUCUAGCGACGAAGAUGAAGAAGAUGAAGAAGCUGAAGAAAAAGAUACGAGCGCCGCACCGGUGCGAGCGUCGAGGCGCGUCGCAAAUAAGCGGAACGAAAUAGCGGAGAAAAUAUCGAAUCGAAGAAGAAAUCAAAUCUUGGAAGACAGCGACGAUUAUGAAACCUCAGAAGAUGAGGAAGACGACGAGGACGACGAUGAUGAUUCGCUCUCGGAGAUUGCAGAAGAAGAGGAAGCAGACGACUCCGAGUUCGCUCCCAGCGACGACGAGGACGACGAAGUGAAACCGUUCUUGAAAACGGCGAUGAAAACGGCGAUGAAAACGCCCGGACCGCCAGCCAAGACGCCCGGCAGAGUCAACUUCAAAACACCAACGCCUCCAAAAACGGGUCCAAAUACGCUAUUCCGCGCAAUGACGGACAAGAAGUGCAACACGGCAUUACGUGCUGCUCGUCUCGCGGCUAUGGAAGACGAACAGAAAGACGACGAUAUUUCUCCGUUCAAUCUCGAGCGUUUGCAGACGCCGCCGAACGAGCCGGCGAACAUGUCGCCAACGAAAACGUUUUCUGCGUGGAAACCACCGCCCUCACACUCGAAAGCGUUAACGUCGGCGUUGAAAUCCGUAGGAAAAACUAUCGGCGGUAACUUGAAGAAUGGAUUUGACUUCAACAAGCACAAAGAGUCCAUCACGAGAGCUCUUUUCGACGAGUUCAACGCGAACGUUUUCGAUCGACAACUUCCCGAUGGAUUUGAGAUUACUUGGAGUAAGAAACUGCUCACUACGGCUGGCUUAACCGUGUAUAAGCGAACCACGAUCGAAGGCGUUCGUCAUUUCACCGCACGCAUUGAGUUGAGCACAAAAGUGCUCGAUUCCGUGCACAAGCUCGAAUCGACUUUGUUGCACGAAAUGUGCCAUGCGUCUGCGUGGCUCGUCGAUCACGUGGCCAAACCUCCGCACGGUGACGUGUUCAAAAAAUGGGCAAAGUUAGCGAUGCAAACGUACCCGGGAACGAACGUGUCUACAUGCCACGCGUAUGCGAUACACACGCCGUUCAAAUGGAAGUGCAGCCAAACGUGGUGCGAACAAGAAUAUGGACGACACUCGAAAUCCAUCGACGUAGAGAAAAAGCGGUGUGGAUUAUGCGGCGGUCGAUUGGAAUUUAUGGGCAAGUUCACCUCCGACGGCGUCCUCGUGAAAGGCUCGAACAUCGAAAAGAAAGCGACUGGGUACGCUAAAUUCGUCCAAGAUAACUUUGGAGACGUGAAGAAAGAGCUCGGCAAUAAGACACCGCACAAGAAAAUCAUGGAAAAGUUGAGUGAAAAAUGGAACGAGGAGAAGAAAGCCGGGAAGAAGAGCGACAGCGGCGAACGCAGCGGCAGCGGCAGCAACAACGAAAGCUUCAGCGAGGAUAAAGAAAAUAUCCCAAAAGAGGAGCCCGGAACGAUUUCCAAGGCGGCUGCUAGGUUCACGAAGUUGGCUUUAUUCGAAGAUGAAAUCAUGUCCUUUACCGAGAAGAAGAAAAAGAAAAGCGUUUCUAUCCAAGAGGAGGAAGACGAAGUCGAGACGAAGAUGAAGGCGAUGAACUUGAACUCGCUUUUGUUAGAAGAGGAGGAAGAGUGA